AUGCGUCUGCAAGUGCACAUCAUCCCAGCGCACGCCGCUCCCAGCGCAGCGCCAGUGUCUACAUUCCUUGAAGUCGCGCUGCCAUCACUCUCACUUGAGGAUUUGACAAGCUCAAUUACAAAUCGCUAUAGAAGGCUCUAUCCACACCGCCCGCCGUUGAGAAUCGACAGAUUGCAAGAUUCCGCCCAAAAUGACUUGGACUUGUCGUAUACGGUCGAGGAUGUGUUUUCAGAUAAAGCCUCUGAUACUUUGAGCUCAAUUGUGAGAGUCGUGCAAGCAUCUUCGGUCCGCGAGUCUUCGAUUCCACCGGAAUCUGGGUUAAGGAUAGGUCAGUUUGCUAGAAGGAAGAGGCCGAGACCAAUGGGGAUGAUGGAAGAUGUGAGGGAAGAGAGUAACGAGAGAGGCCUAUCGCAUUCGCAGCCACUUUCCCAUUCUCAAUCAGUAUCGCUCCAGCCUUCACGAGGGAGUGGACGGCAGAGGUCUAGUAAGAGACAGAGGCUGAAUGAUUUUCUGGUGGGAGAUAGUAUGGACGAAAGGGAAGAAAAUCUUGCUGUCAGAAACUGGAAUAAUGAAGUAGUAUCCGACCCACUAGUGGACUUGGGAGCUGGGGCCGGGUUUGAAGAUUACAACUAUGAUGGAGUACUCGGCGAUGAGGAUAAUGACUCUUUCAAAUCCUACCAUUCCUCUUCCCCAGGUCCUGGGAAUGAGGACAAGUCUAUCCAUACCCCAGAGCCUAACCAAAUAGGCCCCAAUGUCAAUACCCCGAUCGGAAAUCAUGAUCCUCAAUCUGAUCCCGAGACCCCCGAGCCUAUCCAACAGAGAAUUUCGCAAAUACCCGCGAGCCCAGAACUACAUACCGUGGGGCACACCAAGGGUUUUCCUGAAGGGCAUGCAUCAUCCGGCAAUAGCAAACACCAAGAGACUUCCCGGCCUUUACAGCUGUCGAGGAGCAGCGGACCACUUCAUUGCACCCCUACCGCUACCGAAAAACUUGGCGUAAGGAAGGGGGCACUUGCUGCAAGAGCAGGUCGUCAAACUGUUGCUGAAAAACUCGCGGCAAGGGCAGAUCGUCACACUGCCGGAGGACCUAUCGCGGGAGCAAAUCAUUUUACCGCUCCUGUAUCAUCUACUGUAAAGCCUAGCAUCUAUUCAGUCCCCGCCUCGGAUGAGGAAGAUAACGUUCUGCCCAUGCCCAAAACCCAAACUCCCAAUUCUACUUCUAAGAGGCCUCGCAAACCUAGCAUCGUCAGCGAAACCGCGUCCGAGGAGGCAGAUGACGAGUCUAGUCAACAAAUACUGGAGCGUGGAAUGGAAGGAGAAAAGGACGAGCCCGAGAAAGAAAGUGAAAGCGAGAGACAGGCAAUAAGGGAAGAGAAAGAAAGCAGGGAGCGGGAGGCUAAGGAGAAAAAGGAUAAAGAAGCUAGGGAGGUGGCGGCGAAGGCUGCAGAACAGAGACAAAAGGCAGCAAAGGCGGCAAAGGAGCGAGCAGAGAAAUCGAGGAUUGAGAAGGAAAGGCUCGAGAAGGAAAGGCUCGAGAAGGAGAGACUCGAGAAGGAGAGACUCGAGAAGGAGAGACUCGAGAAGGAGAGACUCGAGAAAGAGAGACUCGAGAAGGACAGACUCGAGAAGGAAAGGCUCGCGAAGGAGAGGCUCAAGAAGGAAAAGCUCGAGAAGGACAGACUCGAGAAGGAAAGGCUCGAGAAGGAGAGACUCGAGAAAGAGAAGCUUGAAAAAGAAAGGCUCGAGGGGCUAAAGAAAGAGAAGGCUGAAAAGGAAAGGCUUGAGAAGGAGAAGCUCGAGAAGCAGAAACUCGAGAAAAAGAGAGUUGUACAAGAAAAAUUAGCGGCACAGAAAGCUGAGCGAGAGAGGAUUGCUCAGGAGAAAGCUGCCCAAAAACAGGCCGCGCAAACCAGAGCUGCUGAGGAGGCGGCUACCCUUGAAAAUGACAAGGGUGAUGAAGGGAUCACUGAUCUGAAAGCUGCCGAAGCGGCACUGUCUGUUACUGUUCUGAGGAAAUCCCAUGGGAAGGAGGUCCUUGAAGCUUCCCAGGAAAAGUCUGUAGGCGAAAACCCAACCCCCAAGAGGACAACGAGAGCCGCCGUAAAUAAGGGAGCAGUAAGGCCGGAAACAGCAGAGGAGAUAAGUCUUCAAGAAGAGAAGGCUGAUCGUGAAGGGAAAAAGAAGGAAACUGCUAAACAAAAAAGGGAACAGGAGGCUUUAGAGAAAAAGAAUAAAGAAAAGGCUGAAGCGGAAGCCAAGAAAGAAGCGGCCAAAGAAAAGAAGGAACGGGAAGCUCUGGAGAAGAAGAAACGUCUUGAGGAACAAAAAGCCGAGCGUGAGGCUAAAAAGAAGGAAGCUGCCGAGGAAAGGGUUCGCAAAGCCAAAGAAAGGGCCGAGAAAGCCAAAGUUGAGCGGGAAAAGAAAAAUCGACAAACAUCCGAGGAACUCGCGCAAAUGAAGGAAGGGGAGGUCCCAAGCCAGAAUUCCUUGGGCGAAAGCGAACCAGCCGCUCGGCGUCAAGCAUCAAUAAAACAGACGCCAAUCCUACCACCAGGAUAUGAACGCAAUAACCAAGAAGCACCGGAUAGGGUAAAUACCAGGAAGACGCCGUCAUCAUCGGGGGUAAAGACAUCUCAAGUUACGAGCGAUUUUGCGAAUGAGGCAUCUGAGCCCGUGACGAAUGGGACGACAGCUAGACCUAAGAGUAAAGCGACCGAGCCGAUAAAGGCAGCAAAGGUGGUGGCAGGAGGAGCAACACCCCCAAACCCAAAGCUGAAUGGGAAGACACCGGCGUCAGCUAUAAAACAGUCAAUGAAAAAGCUAGUUGAGUCCGAAUCAGAGUCGGAAACAGGUUCCGAGACAGGUUCAGAGACGGGCUCCGAGACUGGUUCCGAAUCCAACGAUUCAGAAGCCGAAGCGACAAAGGCCACUGCGACUGCCCUUCCCAAGAGCGCUAAAGCAAUUUCAUCAACGGAAGAUGUGGAAAUGCCUGAUGUCCCAGCAUCACCUACUCCAAAACAGCUGUUUGCGGUCGCAGUCUACAAUAAACGAAGCACCUCUGAUAAACAAGUAGAAGAAACCGGGUCCGACUCCGAAAAGGCGCCUCCAUCUGGCCAGAAAGCUAUAGAAGAAACAGAAUCUGAGUCCGACUCUGAUUCCAAAGCGUCAGCAUCAGGCACAGAUUCUGGGUCCGACUCUGAAAGCGAUUCGGGUGCUACCGGAAAGAAUAAGCCCACAUUGGCAAAGACACUGUUCAAAGGCCGCACUUACGGUAAACGUCACUCUUUGAGUGCGAGCCAGAGUAUCAAUGGAAGCCAGAGGUAUAAGAGCUUGACUGCGAUGGAGAUGGCUCCAAUUCCGGACGUUAGAGAAGUGCAUCAAUCCUCCCAAUCCGGUCGUAAUACUUCUACCCCCAAGGCCAACAGCCCCACCAAGCUCCAGAGAUCCAAGAAACCAGCUGCGCCGCAAGAUGAAGAUUCCGAGGAUUCGGACUCGUCUGUUGACAGUAGUGGUAGUAGUGAGGAGGAGGAAGUCGUGAAGCCGCAGAACAAUGCUCUGAACGGGAGAAUGGCAAGCGCAAGCGCUAAGAGGAAGAGUGGCUUUGGAGGGUUUGGAUUCAAGGUCUGA